AUGGCCAUCAACUUUGACGAGUCCGUUUCUGUUGUCAAAUCACCCAGCAAGCUCGCACAUGUCGUCCUCCGCACCAAUAACUUCCAAAACAUGGUGCGUUAUUACACCGACUUUCUAGGCGCACGCGUACAGUACGAGAACGAGUUUCUGGCGUUCCUCACCUAUGACGACGAGCAUCAUCGCAUCGCCCUUGUUCAGGCUCCCGGCACACAGAACCGAGUCAAGGGUACUUGCGGCCUCGAGCACAUUGCCUUUACCUUUGGCUCAUUAUCUGACCUUCUACUGUCUUAUCGGCAACGCAAAUCGAAGGGCAUCAUGCCGCUGUGGCCUGUUAACCACGGACCCACUACGUCGAUUUACUACCGCGACCCUGACGGCAACGAGCUUGAGACGCAGGUCGACAACUUCAAAGAUGCAGACGAGGCUACUGAAUUUAUGAAAUCCAAAGCUUUCGCCGAUAACCCUAUAGGUGUGGACUUUGAUCCAGAGGAGUUUAUCACGCGCUUGCAAAAUGGAGAGAAAGAAGAGGUCUUGAUGAAGCGUCCGGAAAGCGGGCCGCGUGGUUUGCCAGAUCACAUGCUAUAG